AUGGCAACACUUAGUUAUGCAGCGAUAAUUUCAAUUUGUGCUGCCAUUGCUGUUGUUAUGCAUUGGCUGCUGAACAGAAAAUCUUUACUCACCAGCUGGCCUAUAUUCGGUAUGAUUCCGGCGCUUGCUCGAAAUAUGUCUCGAGUUCAUGAUUUUGCUACCUAUAUACUCCAACAAGCUGGUGGUACGUUUUUAUUCAAAGGUCCUUGGUUUACUGCUAUGGAUUUAUUGAUAACAAGUGAUCCCAACAAUGUUGAUUAUCUUCUAAAUAAGAACUAUGCCAAUUACCAAAAGGGUCCUAUGUUUAGAGAGACUUGCGAUCCUCUUGGGGAUGGAAUUAUUGCUGCAGAUUCAGACAACUGGAGAUUUCUAAGAAGAAUAACUCAUUCUCUGAUCAAUCAAGAUUUAAGGUAUGAUGCUGCCAUAGAAAGAAUACUGGACGGAAAAAUCUUGAAGCGACUGUACCAAGUUCUUGAUAAUGCGUCGGAAUUCGGGUCGGAAGUUGAUUUACAAGAUGUAAUUCAAAGAUUAACGUUUGAUGGUAUUUGUCUUUUGUUGUUAGGAUAUGACCCGAAAUGUCUUGCUGUCGGAUUCCCUCAUAAUGCUCUUGAGAAGGCUUUUCAUGAAAUGGAGCAGGCUGUUCAUUUCCGACAUGCCGUUCCGACAGGAUUUUGGAAGUUGAAGAGAUGGCUUCAGAUGGGAGAAGAGAAGAAGAUGAGAAGAUCCUGGGACUUAUUUGAAAAAUUUGUUAUGGAUUGCAUUACUACAAAAAGAGAGGAGAUCAUUGCCCGAAACCGAACCCCUAGCAAAAACCAAACAGAAGACAGUUUUGACAUGUUAACAGCUUUUCUGGAGGAAGAAGACGAAGGAGAAGACGUGGCGAUCACGAAUUCAAACAAAUUUCUGAGAGAUAUGACAUUUAAUCUCAUGGCGGCCGGAAGAGACACUAUCAGCAGUGCAAUGGUGUGGCUUCUCUGGGUUAUUGCGAGUAAUCCAUCGAUCGAGAAAAAAAUUCUAGACGAGUUAAAUGAUAAUUACAAAGAAGCCACUAAUAACAAGAUGAUGCCUCUAAGUAUUGCAGAGCUAAACAAAUUAAUUUAUUUUCAGGCAGUCGUAUUGGAAGCUAUAAGACUUUACCCACCAAUUCCAUUUCUUGCGACAUCAGCCAUCGAACCAGACGUUCUUCCGAGCGGGCAUUACGUUGGUAAGGACAUGAAAAUAAUUUAUUCGUUCUACUCAAUGGGAAGAAUGGAAGAAAUAUGGGGCAAAGAUUACUUGGAGUUCAAGCCAGAAAGGUGGAUUACGGAGCAAGGAAGCGUAAAGCAUGUACCUUCUUACAGAUUUUCAGCUUUUAGUGCAGGAUUAAGGAGUUGCUUAGGCAAGAAAACUUCCUUUCAACAAAUUAAAGCUGUUGCUUCUUUUAUCAUAUGGAAUUUUUCGAUCCGAGUUAGUGAAAAUCAUAUUGCUAGUCCGAGUAAUUCUGUAAUUCUUUUUAUGAGAAAUGGUUUGAGAGCUAUUUUAGCUUCAGCUGCUAAUCGGAUUAAUGAUAUAGUGCAUGUGGUAACGAAUGUAAAUUUGGAUGGAACAGAAUCUAAUUCAGCAGCAAACAACAGUGCUUUGUGGAAAGAUGGACCGUGGAAUCAUUUUACUCAGGAACUCGAGAGUUUUCGGGAAUGCGACUAUUACGAAAGAUAUGGUGAUCUUCAAUUGUUUUAA